GUGACAAAAACCACUGAUCCCUUGAGAAUAUCCAUACAAUCAGGGCAGCGGGAAGUUACGUUGCUUGUGCGAAAGCCUGGCCUGCUCGGAACGCAACGCCGGCAUCUCUGGUACCUUGAAAGUCCCUUUGGGCGUCAUAGGCCGCACGAUAUGAUCCCCAUUCUGUUGAUCCUUGGCGCUGGUGCCGCUUUAGAGAUCAAACGCCUUGCAUCGAGGUCUCAUGGCGAUGAGAAUACCCAAGCCCUGCGAGAGAGGGAAAAGCAAUUGAAAGAUAUUCUGCAGGCGCUCCGAAAGGAGUUAGACAAGGAGAAAGUAGAGCACGCAGCAGAAAUUGUCAAGAACGAGGUCCUGCAGCAGCAGGCAGGGGAGCUUUCGGAGCAGAAGGAGGAGCUGGAGUUGCAGGGUGAGGCGCUCAGGAGGGAGAAUGAUGCUCUCAGAAGCAGAGCAGAGGCCUUGGCCCAAAGUGCAGAAUCCCUACUGGCUGAAAAAGGAGGCAUCCAGCACCAGCUGGAAAACCUCAAGAUUGAGAGCAAGAAGGAGGCAGAAAAGGCUGCAGAGGCAGAGGCUGAAUUGCGAAGGGACAUUGCCGAGACACUAGAGCGUUUCACGGCUGGCGAGAUUGAUGCUGAUGGCUUCCUGGACGAUCUGAGGGACAUGGGCAUAGAUGUGGAGUGCACAGUUGACCAGCUGACACUCACCUCCAGGCAAACGGAGUCUACCUCCUCCGCGCCCGGCUGGAGCGAGUCUAUGAGGCUGGUGUGCGGCUCUUCUGAGCAGAUGGCGCAGCUCAUCAGCGCAGGCUCCCUGCGCAACGACGCCCACCUCGACAGGAGCGCAAGUGUCCUGCGCAGCAUCCAGAACACGCCCAGGGAGUCAACGCUGACCCCCCGCUUCUCGCUGCCUAGCAACCUUGCCACUCUCACUCCACGCCUCUUCAACAAAGACCCCUCGGUUGCCGAGCCGGCCGCGCUGCCGCCGCUGCGGCAGCCGGAGAAGGAGCCGGAAGACAAGGCAGGAACGCCCCCGAACUCCUACACCGUGGAGGCCAACUCCCUCGUCUUCACCAAACCCGCCAAGGCGCCCCCCUGCCAGAAGCCGCCGAUGGUCCCCCGGCUGGGCCUGAACGUGGCUCUGGGCAGCUCUGCUCCGCCCAGCUCUGAGAAGGCCGCGCUGGCUUCCCUCGCCUUCCCUUCUGACGAUGAGGCCGCCCUGGGGCGUCCCUCCCUGGACAUCGUUGCAGCAGGACCCUGAGAUACACCGUUGCAGGUCGCUGAUGCUGAGUUGUCAUUGGUCUGCACAUCAUUUGGCCCUCAAUGAAACAGCUUUGGCCAGUCACUGCAGCAGCCUCUAAGGUCCGGGAUGCCUUCAUACCUGCUGCCCAAUGGCCAAAAUAAAAGUUCUUCAGUGCUCAGAACAAUGCGGUAGAUGACAUGUUGAUUCAUGCUGUUGACAAACACUGCAAAUGAGACUUCUUACAAGUACUGCUAUUGCUUAAGAGGUUCAUCCAAUUAACUAAUCUGUGGUCUCGGUGGUGGGAGGACUGCAAAUGGAUGCCAUAAUUUUGCGGCCACACACUUGUCUCCAUUUGUGCGCAUUGUGUUCUCGUUUGCCAGCUGUUGGAGCUCCAGAAUUGAUAUGAUUUAAACAAUAUUGCU